AUGGCGUCAGCGGACCGGGCGCGCGUCGCUGCGAGGGGCCCGGCAGCCCAGCAGCCCAGCGGCCAGAGCAGCCAGAGCAGCCAGCCCAGGGCACACGCGCUGCACACGGCCUCUGCAGCUGCUGCGUUGGCUGCGAGCCGCCCGUUCUGCUGCUUGCUUGCUCGACGCUGCAUCACGUGGGGCAGCGGUCCACACCAGCACCACGGCCUAGCCACUCCGCUCCUCGACGAGCCCACACCUCGCAGCCACCGCGCAUCCCACUCCUCACAGCCACCGUAUCCCCCGGGGCCACCCCUCACAGCCACUGCGCACGUGAGCCACCGCCGCCGCCAACCAUGCCGCGCACCGCGCUGGAUCCUCACGCCCCAGUCCAGUAGCCACCAUCAUACCUUCUUCUCCCGUCUCGUGACCAUGCUAAUCGACAACGGUGAGGAGAGACUUCUUUGGAAGUGGUUUCUUCGUCCGGGGCUUCAAAGUCUGGGUCCCUCUAAAACACCUCUGUUCAAGAGGCAACUUCUAACGCACAUGGUACAUGCUGAGACCACCCACAGUCUAAGCCGAGGCCUCUUGCUAUUCAAACGCGCUGUCGCCAGACUCGAAGAAGGCAAAACAUUCGACAAUAAAUAUAAAUCACUGUGGCAUGCUGGGCGGUACCUCUUACAUGCGAUUGUGUCGAGCCCCACUGAGUCGAUCAGCUGCAAUCUCUACCAAUCAUUCCAGCAGUCUGCCAAACUCUGGAACCCUGACAACGAUAUGCAGUCCGUCGAGUCCAUAUUGUGGCUUCACCAUCCGACCAGGGCGUCCGCCACGCCAGGACUGCAGUUCAUCCAAGACCGCGCUGGUGCUGUAAUCUUUGCGAACGCCCCGGUAGGUCAGCGACGCUUCAUUGUGCAACUUGCCUUGGGCGUUGCACACCAGCUGCUUGCAGAAGAGCGGUACGCAGAUGCCCAGGCAGUAAUGUCGUUUACCAAGCUGCACUUCCCCGAUCUUGUCUUGCCAGACCUGCCUACUGCACCCACAGCAGUCGUUGACCGCCGGAGCUGGAUUGAAAGGGCACGAAUAGAGGAAGAGAAGAUCAUCGAGCUGCUAGACAGUCUUGUGCCGGCGUAA